AUGUCCACCUUUCAAUACAAGCCUCUCGAUAUGCCGAAAUUGCAAAUACGACUCCUCCGUCUCCAUCCCACCGAGAACCGAGAUAGUAUUGAUGCGAGCAUUCAGCAUUUCUCAGUUUUCUCACUAGGUUCAACCCCAAAUUAUAUUGCAGCAUCCUACAUGUGGGGAACAUGUCUCCCAACGGAGAAUAUUCUGGUCGGCGGGAAAAUAUUCAAGAUCCGGCCUUCUCUCAAGCACUUUCUAGUACGUCUGCAGGAGCGGCCACGGGUGCUGUGGGAUUCGAGCACUAGCACACAGUUCUAUCUCUGGAUAGAUAGCAUCUGUAUCAAUCAAGAGGACGCAAAGGAGAAAAGCUCUCAAGUGGGUUUGAUGAAAAGCAUAUUCACCAGAGCAGAGUCGGUUUAUAUAUGGUUGGGUGAGCUUAGUGAGAGUUCUGGCCAAGCUAUCGGCUCCUCUUUACGCCAAAUAGACUCGUUCGUGGAUGCUGAGGAGCAGGGCGCCCCACUUGAUGGAUCUGUCAUUUCUGACAUUGGAAAGUUGUCAAAUCUCGCUUAUUGGGGACGAGUGUGGAUGAUCCAAGAAGUGGUUUUGGCUUCUCACUUUCUGGUAUUCUGGGGCGAACUAUGCUUUAAUGGGAGUUGGUUAGAGCAUUUGAUGGCAUUUGCUCAACCUUCCAACGACGUCAUGUUGUUGAAAAGAACUCAAUCUCAGCAAGCUGAAAACCAGUUGGAGUUCCUUAUCAAGACUCCGAUGGGGAAACUACUUCACCUCCGGGAUCUGAGAGAAGGCCAGACUAAUUCGUACUUCCGGCAACUGUGGUUAUUCAUGCUGCUUUUCAGAUCUAGCGCGGCGACGAAUCCUCUCGACAGGGUAUACGCGCUCCUAGGGCUAACGCAAGAUGUACUGGAAAUUGAUUAUACGAAAAGCCUUGCAGAGGUUUACAAUAAUGCGCCUGAAAUUGUGGAUGACCACAAUAAGGUCAACUUUGAAGUUAGCGUCGGAUCAUCUUCACUACCGGGUUAUCAACUCAUCUUUCGAGACACCUGUCCAAAAACCGGCGAGGGCAUCUCUCUUCAUUACAAAGGAGAGGUGGAUUCAGAGGAGGUUCUUUCUUGGAUCCUAAAUGGAGUGCGUUUUGAUGGUCGCUCACUCUUGCUUGAAAUGGUACUGAGAGGAAAUCAAUUUCAGCGAGGGCCUAAACCACCUUUAGUUCCACUUAGACUAAACGAACAUCACUAA